AAACCAACCAUUCGAGCUCAUACGCCGUCAUCUAUCUCUUCGAUCAUCACAAGCUUAGCUUAAUUAGCUGCACAGAUCACAGAGAGCUUAUCAUCCACCUUUAUCAUUUGAAGCCGUCGACAGCGAGUGACCGAUCACACAGCGCAUCGAGCCGAGCAAGGUGAUCGACACUGGUAGCAGCAAUGGGGAACGUGGAGGCGACGCCGUUCGCCGUGUCGCCGGAACUCGGCGACGCGCUGGCCAAGGUGGCCGUGUUCGCGCUGGUCCAGGCGCUGGUCUACCUGAUCCUGCGCAAGUCGUCGGACGUCUUCGCGCCGGGGAGGACGAAGGCGAGAUCGCUCAGCUUCCGCCCCAUGCGGAGCAUGAGCGUCCGCCGCGUGCUGGCCGCGUUCUCCGACGUCCCCGUCGACGUCCCGGAGGUCGGCGCGCCGGCGCCUUCGCCGCUGGAUAAUCCGGGGGCUGAUGAUGAGCGUGCGAGCUGGCUCAAGUGAUCAUCCUUCGGUUCGAUGGUUUUCUCGGCGGUGACCUUGAUUAAACAAAUUUAGCUAGCGAUCGACCUAUCCUAAGCCUAACUAGUAUACUAGGAAUUACCCAAACCUAAAAUUUCAUUUAUUACAUGUAAAAAUGGUAGUGUCUGAGGUAUGAUGUGCAGUCGUGUACGGUACUAUGAAUGUACAGAUAGUUUGUGACUUUGUGUAUUGAGCUCCGUUCUGAUAGUUUGGGCA